AUGGAUGCGGCUGCUAUUGAACAGAUGGGCAGCGGAACGCAGAGCGAUGACGAUGACAUGAUGUCGUCGGGUGGUAGAGGGGUCGAUGGCGACGACACCGCUUCCUGGGACGGAGGAGAAGGACGUGAUUUCGGAGACGAAGACGAGGAGCACGGCACCGCAGGCAACGGCAGACGUGGGGGCGACGCUGACGGCGGCGAAGGCGAUGGGGCACCCCCGCAGAAGAGGGCGCGGGACGCCAAGUACGCGAUCCCCACCAUGGAGGAGGCGUCCCUGUUGAGGGAGACAGAGGGGAAGCUGUUCGAGGGCAACCUCUUGAGGCUGGAGGUGGAGGAGCUGCUGGGAGAGGUCAGGCUGGAUCACGGCAAGAAGAGCGUCAAGGCGUUGGAGAAAUGGCUCCACGUGCUGAAGGACACUCUGGAAGACCUACCACCUGCCACGGUGACGGAGGAAUCGCUAAGGCUGGCGGGCAUUCGGCUCGCCAACCACGUCCCUGGAAAGCCCGUAUCGCUGGAAUUCCAGCCCCCCGAGGCGGAUGGCUUCGACGUCGCCGGGAGUUUCUUGCUCCGUUCUCUGGCCAAGCCGAGCUUAAACGUCGACCUAGCUCUGCGCAUGCCUUCGGAGUGCAUCGUGUCGAGAGACUCGCUGAACCACCGGUACUUGGACAAGAGGGCUCUUUACGCAGGACACGUUGCGAAGACGGCGAUGGACGCUGCGGGGUCGUUGGGCAAGCUAGUCGACAAAGUGGAGCUGUCGUACUUGAAGGGAGACCCUAGGAAGCCGGUUGUGCUGCUGUACCCUUCUCUGAGCGUGUCGAAGAAGGGCAGUAAGAGCAGGGUCAAGCUAAAGGUCAAGCCGGGCACGGGGUUUGUGGUCCGGCUGUUGCCGUGCUGCGCGCGGAACGCCAUGGUGCCCGCUAGGCUUGCUCCCGGGAGGAACAACGUCAGGACCAGGGCGGCACUCGCAGAACUCGCGAGCAUGGAAGGCGGAGACGCAGUAGGAGGCGGGGGGGGGGAAGAGCUGGUGUCGUCCCUGUCUGCGACGCCGCACUACAACAGCGCCAUCCUGGAGGACAUGUGCAUGACGGAGCACCUCGCCGCCCUGCACGGCAUCUGCGGGGACUCUGAGGCGUUUCGCGAUGCCAUUAUCCUCGGAAAGGUGUGGCUCGGCCAGCACGGCAUGAGGACGUCCCACGACUCCAUGGGCAGCUACGAGUGGUCCAUGUUGCUGCUGCACCUCUCACAGACAAGGAGAGUAAACGCGCGGAUGGCCGCCUUGAGCAUGUUUCAGGUGGUGCUCAAGUUCAUCGCUGACGGCGAGCUGUCAAGCAAGUGUCUCACGGUGGACGUGUCGACCGGCGGACCCGACGAGCAAUCGCAAAGACGAGGAUUGACUCUGGAGGAAGAGAAGACUUUCAAGGACGCCUUUGCUGCCGUCAUGGUCGACACCUCGCUUGGCUUCAACGUGCUCGCGCGGUUGAGCUCGUCCGCUGUUGCGGAGUUGGAGAUGACCGCCAAGGCGUCGAUUGCGGUGCUCCAGGGCAGACCGGGGGCCGCGUUCCGGCGGCUUCUGAUGACGCGCACCACCCUGUGGAGGAAGUGUGACGCGUUUGUGCAGGUUCCGCUUGUCUCAGCCGAUGCCGACAACGGGAAGCGAUGGAAGGAGGCAGCGGCCACAGGCACCGACAUGGAGAAGCUAAGAGGGGAGGAAGAAGAGGGUUUGCUCGACAGGCCGCUGUGGCGCCACGUGUCCGACAGGGUUACGGGUAUCUUGAGGGAGGGGCUCGGGGACCGGUGCGUGUUGGCGAGGCCCCUGUGCGGGGUGGCUGGGGAAGCGGCUCACGACUUUCAAGGUAUACCGGGCCCGCGGGGAUGGCACCCACACAACCCCCCCCCGGCGAGUGUUGGAGGCGGGUCGGGAGAGGGUAAGAGAAAGAACCCCCCCCUGUUGACGGUGGGUCUAAUCGUCAACCCUACGUUUGCCGGGCGACUGGUCGACAAGGGUCCACCAGCAGAAGAUGGCCCUGCAGCGAGGAAGUUCCGCGACUUUUGGGGAGGCAAGAGCGAGCUCAGGAGGUUUAAGGAUGGGAGCAUCGUGGAGGCGGUGGUGUGGAAGGGGAAGGGGGCUCAGAGACAUCGCGUCAUCGAGCAGGUGGUGCGGCAUGUGCUAGGACGCCACGAUCCUCUGAGGUGUGCCGACUCUUCUUCCGCCAAGCAGAAGCAGCGUCGUGAUGGCCAUGCCGUUCGGUUCAGGGGGAACGAGCUGUUGGGCUUGGUGACCGUCGGCGGUUCUGAGGCGGUUUCGGCUGAGGACGACGACCUUACCCGGUCCGCGAUCAAGGCGUUGCAGCUCCUGCAGGAGAGGGCUAAGGCUGCCGAGGGCAUGCCGCUCAAGGUGGAGGCCCUGCAGGCGGCAUCUCCGCUGUUGAGGUACACCUCGCUCCUGCCCCCGGCGCCGCACCCACUGGCCAAUAGCCACGGGGAGUCCCCCGCUCCCCUCCCUUCCAAGGCCUCCAAGAUAUCCUCCCAGGUGGAGCCCAUGGAGGUACUGGUGCGGUUGGAGACCUCGAGCAAGUGGCCCGAUGACCUGGACGCCGUGCGUAGUACCGGGACCGCGUUUCUCAUCCGGCUGGCGCAGUGUCUUGAGAAAAAGUACAACUUGAGGUGCGUGGUGGGAAGGCGUUCGAUGGAUGUUCUCACGGCCGGCUACUGCUUCCGACUCAGGAUUGGCGGCGAGAGGGAGCUUUCGCUGCUAGGGAAGGACAAGAAGCCGGCCUUCGGCCUGACCGUCCGAGCGGCCUCGCGCUGGCUGGAGCAGCAUAUGAUGGAGGAACACCUGCGAGUGGAGGCAGUGGAGCUCCUUGUGGCGAGCCUUUUUUCGGACGAGGCGCCGCUGGCACCCCCGUCCACCGGAAUGGCGGGAUUCCUCCGCUUCUUGCUGCUCCUCGCGGGACACGAUUGGGCGACUGCGCCGCUGCUGGUCGACCCGCAGGGGGAGCUGAGCUCAACGGAUAGGGCGGCUGCUACGGAGGCGUUUUCUCGAUCGAGGGACAGGGACGCCGCAGGCGGAAGCGCCAUGUACGUGGUCGCACCCUACGCCCGCGACCUGGGCUGGGAGUCUUCCUGGACCUCGCCCCGUCCCGAACGGCCUGUGCUCGGCCGACUGGUGGCUCUGGCUAAAGCAUCGGCGGAGUCUCUGGUGGGCUGGCUCUCGGGGGAGGGGACGCUGGGGAACGGGCCCGGUGGCUGGAAAGACGCCUUCAGGAUGGCGACGGCGGAGCAGCAGACGUUUGACGUCAGGUUGGUGCUGAACGCCGCCGUCAUGUCGGACACGGCUCCUACCUCGCUGUGCGGCGGCGAGACCUUCCAGCGCCGUCGAGUCAAGGGCUGCCCCGCCCUACAGACCAAGGCCUACAAAAACCUAAUCGGAGGAGGGGUGAACGCCGGCAAAGGAGGAAAGGGUGGAGACGGGACCCACGGUCCCCUGGUGGUCGGAUUCGAUCCGAUCGGUGACCUCGUGUCGGAGUUACGCCGCCGCUUCGGCCACCUGGCAGUGUUCUUCUCGCCCGGCUCGGCCGGAGCAUCUGGCAUCAUUGGCCUCGUUUGGCGGCCGACCGCUUUCGUCCCUCGGCCCAACAACGUCAACCGCUCGCAGCACAUGAUGGUUGUCGGGGGCGAGGGGGCGCGCGGGGGGGGUGAGGUGGCGACGAUGAGUGUGCUGAACGUUGUGGAGGUGUUGUCGGAGAUGAAAGUUGUCGGGGGGGACAUGAUCGAGGCCGUGCACGUCUCGUGA